AUGGGCAGGUCUAUGGUAUUCUCCCCAAACCUUCCUGUGAGAUUUUCUCAAAUACCAAGAUCAAUUUUACCGCCCAAUCAACCAAACCAGUCACUUUCACUGAACUCGAGGGAACAAUUACAACAUGGGUUUCAAAGAUUUGGACUUUCAUUUGCCAAACCCACGAGAACUCUCUGCACAAAGGCUGUGUUAUCUGAAAUUCCAAAUCAGAAGAUGUAUGUGAAAGUGGGCGCCAAAUCAACUGGGCCAAUACCAAUUAGUCAGCUCAUUGAAGUGGUUGAGAAGGCUGCAAAGACUGGUGCUGAGGUUGUGAUGGAUGCUGUUAAUAAGCCUCGGAAUAUUACCUAUAAAGGGCUGACAGACUUGGUCACUGACACAGAUAAAAAGAGUGAAGCAACAAUUUUAGAAGUUGUGAGAAAGAACUUCAAAGAUCACCUUAUUCUUGGAGAGGAGGGUGGAAUUAUUGGAGAUAGUUCAUCUGAUUAUCUGUGGUGCAUUGAUCCAUUAGAUGGAACAACAAAUUUUGCACAUGGUUAUCCUAGCUUUGCAGUUUCUGUGGGAGUUCUAUUUCGAGGAAAACCUGCUGCUGCCGCCGUGGUAGAGUUUGUUGGGGGCCCUAUGUGUUGGAAUACCCGCAUAUUUUCUGCUAGUGCUGGUGGCGGAGCAUUUUGUAAUGGUCAAAAAAUUCACGUGAGUCAAACAGAUGAGGUUGAGCGAUCUCUUCUUGUUACUGGAUUUGGUUAUGAACAUGAUGACGCAUGGACCACCAACAUAGAGUUAUUUAAGGAGUUUACUGACAUCAGCAGGGGUGUUAGAAGGCUCGGUGCCGCUGCAGUAGACAUGUGCCAUGUAGCUCUUGGGAUUGUAGAAGCAUACUGGGAAUAUCGACUAAAGCCAUGGGAUAUGGCAGCUGGUGUCUUGAUAGUUGAAGAAGCUGGAGGAAAGGUUACUCGCAUGGAUGGCGGAAACUUUUGUGUAUUUGAUAGAUCUGUUUUGGUAUCCAAUGGUGUGCUGCAUGGCAAGCUUUUGGAGAGGAUUGCACCUGCAACUGAGAAAUUGAAGAGCAAAGGAAUCGUUUUCUCAUUGUGGUACAAGCCUGACGAUUACACAACGGACAUUUGA